ACUUGGUCAAUGUUGAAUGCUGGCAAAAAAACAAAGCAUAACAACAUUUGAACGAAUUUGUAAACACACAAAUCGGCGGAGAGACAGCCUGAGCCCCGUUUGAUGCUCAGUGAGUUGCUGGCCAAAGAACGUGACGGUUGACUGAAUGAGUGUCUGAGAGUGGAUUCUCUGCCAAAUAGAUGACAUGAUGGAUGCUCGAUGGCUCCUUGUGGGUCUGGGGUACUGGCUAUUGCUGCAAGUGAUCAUCCCACUGCCACAGACAGAUGCAGCCUCGAAGCGAGUGAAAUUGUGCCUGCAGCCGACGAUCAGUGGAAGGUGCUUUGGCUAUGUGGAGAGCUAUGCCUACAAUCCCCUGAAGCGACAGUGCGAGCCCUUCAUCUACGGCGGAUGUGGCGGUAACGACAAUCGCUUUACGAACAAGGCCGAGUGCGAGUUUAGCUGCCGUGAUAUUUGAAUUUGGAUACGAGACACGAGUAUUAAAAACAACGCAAACAGAAUUGUUUCAAACAAAAAA